GAUUCGCGUUCGGGUUUAUUUUUUCGCGGCUAGUUACACUAGGAAGGAAGAAAUUUAGUUACGUCCUGUAUCCCAAGAUGGAUAAAUCUCUUAAUGUUGAUCAUUUAUACUACAGUGUUUUGAUAUCGUUUAGUCACGAUAAACAGAUUUUCACUUUUCUUUGUUUCGCUGCGGUUUUGAGUUUGGUUUAUUACUACAUUAAUUAUAAAAUUAAACGCCGUCGUUUGGAGAAGAUAAUCGAGCAGUACGAUGGACCUAAAGGAUAUCCUUUGAUUGGAAAUGCUCAUGAAUUUUUAGGAUCCCCGCAAGAUGUUUUAAAAAAAGCUAUUACACUUAUGAAUACCUAUAGCAGCCCAUUUAGAAUAUGGCUGGUCAACAAACCAUACGUAAUCAUUGCCAAUCCAGAAGACUUUCAGACGGUAGCAUUUAAGACUUUGGAGAAAGAUAGCAGUUACAAAUUCGUAGUAGACAUGUUGGGCGAUGGAGUAUUUUCUUCUGAACUGGAAAAAUGGAAACGAAAUCGUCGUGUUAUAAAUCCUGCAUUCAACCCGACCAUCCUAUUUCACUAUUUUUUGCAAAUAUUCAAUGAACAAAACGUCAAUCUGGUUAAACGAUUGAAAAAAGAUGUCGGAACUGGAAAACAAUUCGACUUGUGGCCGUAUAUCACGCAAACAUCUAUAAUGACAAUUUGUGAAACCGCGAUGGGUUACAAGGAUGUCCACGAUUCAGCAGAAGUGAUGAAAUUUGGACGAGCUUUAAUGAAAUCCGCAGAAUUGGUGAGUCUAAGAUUCUAUAAACCUUGGUUGAUGCCUUCAUUUUUCUUUCUCGCUUAUCGAUACCUAUUGGGGUACGGAAACAUAUUCAAUACUGUUCAAGAAUUACCAUUAAAAAUGUUGAAAAAAAGACGAGAAUUAUUCCAGCAAAUGAAAACUGAAGGUUACGUUAGUACAGGACAAGAAAAAACAAUGCGAAACUUCAUCGAUAUCUUGAUUCAUUUUCAUGAUGUGAAUGCGAAUUUCUCAGAUAAGGAGCUCACGGAUGAAGUGAUUUCUAUCAUGUUUGGAGGCAGUGAAACUAACGCUGUGACCAAUAGCUUCUGUUUGAUGAUGUUGGGAAUGAGACAAGACAUUCAAGAAAAAGUUUAUGAAGAAAUCUACUCAGUAUUCGGUGACGGAAAUCGUUUACCAAAUCUAGAAGAUCUUUCAGAAUUAUCAUACUUGGAGCAAUGUAUUAAAGAAACCCUACGACGAUUUCCAGUUGUACCAGUUAUACUACGUCAUGCGCGAGAAGACAUACAAAUCAGCAAUGGAAAAAUCAUCCCGGCUGGAUGCAAUAUUGCACUUGGCAUUUAUGGAAUUCACCACGAUCCUGAAAUAUACCCAAAUCCUGAAAUCUGGGAUCCCAGCAACUUUGAUCCGGAUAAAGUUGCAAAUCGACAUAAAUCUAGCUUUGUACCAUUCAGUACAGGACCUAGAGGAUGCUUGGGUCAAAAAUACGCGAUGGUAUCGAUGAAGGCUCAACUUUCAACUUUGAUACGUAAUUUCAAAAUAACCACCGAUUUCAAAAUGGAAGAUAUUGAACUAAAUGUAGACAUGGUUAUAAGGAGUGUAGCAGGUUACCCAGUUAGAUUAGAUUACAGGCAUGGCAAGCCUUUAUUUUGAUAAGUACCUAUCUACCUACCUACCUACCUACCUAGUACCUACUACCAAAUGGGUAAAUACAAGGGUAUGCAUUUAAUUAUUGAAUGAAAUAUGUAACUUUUUUUUACCAUUUUUUAAAUAAUUAUUUUUUUUGAGUGAUGUUUUUAUGAUUUGUUUCUUAAUUCUUAAUUAUAAAAUUGUAACGAACUGAUAUUAUAAAAAUGGCUGAAAUGUGUUUUAAAA